AUGGUUGUUGUACUAGAUUCAUUUUUCGCACGAUGCGUAAUUCCAACUGUAAAAAGACAUAAAAAUAAAGAGUUAGGACUUCAUACAAGCAAGAAGAAUCGGAUCAGUAUAGUCCCGACUCAUGAAUUAGAUUUGAAAUCAAGUGUUAACUCAUUCGGUAGUUAUUAGCUUACAAAACUCUUCUCUCCAGUAGCGUAUAACAUUUAGUCACUAAUGUUUUGUAUAUAAGCCGUUUAUUUUAUUAAGUAAUAAACUAUUAUCCUGGCUGGUAAUCUCGUAUUUAAUGAAUGAUUUAAUAGUACGAUCUGAGCAAGACCUGAAGUUGGUGAUGAAAUGCUACUGAAAAGAAUGGUACUAGAUACUGCUGAUAAACUCAAAAUGUUAACUUUAAAACGCAUAGCCACAUGUCGUAAUAAAGUGCAAAGUUAUUUCAGAGAAGACGGUCUAGGUGAGAAAAUAGCAGAAGUUUUAGUUAUCUUACUUAAACGUUUGAAUAAACGCCUAGAAAAUUGUUUAAAAUCAUCUAAUUUAGAAUAAAGAACUUGUUGAAGAUGUUCUAUCAUUAUGGGAUGCAUUAUGAAAAACAAACAAACAAUAAUCAAUAUAUAUCUUUUUAUUAUAAACUGAAGUAGAUUGUCCGUAAUGAAGAAAUCAACAGUUAAAAAGAAAUAUAGGAACUAUUGAUGAAUCUUUUGUUAGUGUUAUUUGUAUACAGUUUGAUGUUUCAAUAUUAAUUUUUCAUUUUGAAA